AUGAGUUCCCCUGACGGCAACAUCAACACGGCGCCUAGCUCGAAGAGGAGCAUGGAAGUUGUCGGUACGAAGGAGGUUGUCAAUGCUGACGAGCUGCGCCUCGCGCAAAUGGGUCACAAGCAAGAGCUCAAGCGCCAUUUCAGUACUUUGAGCUUGGUGGGCCUUGCCUCCACUACAACCAUUUCUUGGACUGGACUGGGCUUGGGGCUCAUCACCGAGAUUGGCGCUGGAGGCCCUGGGGCCGUUAUCUACGGCUUCAUCCUUGUGACUACGUUGCAAUGCUUCCUCGGCGCCUCGCUGGCUGAGUUCGUCUCUUCCUAUCCCACCGAGGGAGGCAUGUAUCAUUGGAUUGCUGCUGUGGCGCCCAGGAAGGCUACUGGUCCACUGAGCUUCUUCACCGGCUGGUUCAGCGUCCUUGGCUGGAUCUUUACCACUGCUUCCACGAACAUCAUCUACGCUCAGAUUCUCAUGGCACUGAUUGCACUCUACCACGAGAAUUUCGAGAUCCAAACUUGGCAGACUUUCGUCGUGUAUCAGGGGUUAAACCUAAUCACAGCCAGCGUGGUCAUGUUUGGCAACCGAGUCAUCCCAGCCUUGAACAAGUUCUCUCUGUUUUAUCUCCAGAUUGGAUGGCUCGUGGUCCUGAUCACGGUGGCCGCCUGCGCCCCUUCGCACCGGAAUACCGAGUUUGUCUUCAGAACGUGGAUCAACAACACCGGCUGGGAGAACCAGGUCAUUUGCUUUAUCACUGGUCUCGUCAACCCCCUAUACAGCCUCGGCGGUCUUGACGGAGUCACCCACAUUACCGAGGAGAUGCCCAACCCAUCUCGCAAUGCGCCCCUGGCCAUUGCUAUUACCCUGAGCAUCGCCUUCUGCACGGGUCUGACGUACCUGAUCACCCUCAUGUUCUCCAUCCAGGACUUUGACGGUCUCACCGCCAACAACACUGGCUUGCCUCUCGCCGAGCUCUUUCGCCAAGUGACGCAGCACGCCGGUGGCGCCUUUGGACUGACCUUUAUCCUCUUCAUUGCUCUUGGCCCCUGCGUUGUUAGCUCACAGCUCAGCACGGGUCGUGUGUUCUGGGCUUUCUCUCGCGAUGGCGCCAUGCCGUUCUCCAAGAUCUGGUCCAAAGUGAGCCCUCGCUUCCACAUUCCACUAAACUCGCAUAUCGCAGUGACCACCAUUGUCGGACUUCUCGGGUGUCUUUACCUCGGAUCAUCCACUGCUUUCAACUCACUGCUGGGGACCGCCGUGACAAUCAACAACAUGUCCUACAUGGUCCCUAUUCUGACGAACUUGCUCACCGGCCGCCGCAACAUGUAUCGAGGUGUAUUCCACAUGGGCAGCACUAUUGGGCCGAUUGUCAACACCGUCACUGUCUGCUGGCUGGCGUUCGCCAUCACAUUCUUCUCAUUUCCAUACGUGAAGCCCGUCACGGCGGAGAACAUGAACUACACUUGUGUCGUCGUCGGGGGACUCACUAUCUUGCUGUCGGGCUGGUGGUUUAAGGUGGGCUCCGCUUAUACACAGACUAUGCUCAAAGCGAGGGAGGAGUAG